AUUGAUUUAAGUUAUUGGCUACAUAUCUCCUGAUGGAUUGAGUUCGUGAUGACUGUGAUUGGUAAUUGUGCGCGAAGGAGACUGAGGCCACGGAAGCAUCGGACGAGCGCUGAGGCCUCCAAUGGAGCUUCCAACGACCUAAAGCUGAAUCUCCCGUAUCACUUCAUUAUAGUUUCUUAUUCUUUAUCCAUAUGCACUGCGCGUUUCUUGCUCUCGAAGUUCUGGGCCAACUCCUAAAAGUGGCCCCGUUUUUCGCAUAAGCACUAACGAAGAUUAGCAAAUGGUGACAUGCAUAUGGCGUCCAACGAACCACAGCCACAGAGUCCAACUAAAUCCUUCUUUUGCCAAUUUCCAGAAGCCUAAAGCACCAUUAAGGAGAACGUAAUUUAACUUUCAAUCGUUCAUCUGAAGUUUCUAAUCCUCAUUCUUUGUUUCGACGGACAUUCCCAAAUCAGCUCGGCAUCAAAGCACUCAUCAUGGAAGCUCCAAAAGGCCUCGCAGCUUCUGCUCCCCAUCCGCGGAUUGUUAUCAAGUUCUGUACACAGUGCAAAUGGAUGCUUCGGGCUGCCUAUUUUGCACAAGAACUACUCUCCACCUUCUCGACGGACUUGGGUGAAGUUGCUCUUCAACCAGCGACUGGCGGAGUCUUCUCAAUCGAGAUAUUCUACAGUACCACACCCAACUCUACUACCCAAGCUGAGACAGGGACGGUAACAAGCGUGACUGUGGAAUCUAAGCUAUUAUGGGACCGAAAAACCGAGGGAGGUUUCCCUGAAAUCAAAGAUAUCAAACGCCGAGUGCGAGAUAUCAUAGAUCCAAACCGAGACCUCGGCCACGUCGACGGCAAAAAGAAAGCCAUCAGUCCCAGCGCCGAAACCCCCACACUAGAGGUCACGACAGCCGCGACAGCCACGACCACGACAGGGGGUUCUACAGCCCCCGAAAUGAGCCUUCGAGAUUUUAUAGCCGCAGGGGCCUCAAUUGGCGGUGUCACUAGUUCAGGCCGCGGCGGCGCAGAAGAGGGAGUGCUGGAGCAUGAUCAGUUGACUUUGGAAGCACAGCCGGGAGGUGGGAGGUAUAAAAUAGUUGCGGGGGAGACUGGAACUAUGGAGGAUGAGGUGGGGACUAAAGGUGUGAUUUGUGAUACGGCCUACGAUGAGAAGAAGAGGAAUCCGGAUGGGACGAUUUGUGAGGAUUGCUCUUGAGGGAAUGGACGGGGUUUUAUGGGAAGUACGUGUCGUGACUGGAUGUGGGAGAAAUGAAGGUUAUGAAUUAUGGAUUGGCGGUGUUGGUCAACUGGAUGUGACGUACAACGUAGUCUGUAUGUAAGAGAGAAUCCCAUGACAUGGACAUUAAGGGAUGAUAAAAGGGGCAAAGUGAUUAUUUCUAAUUAGCACGCUCAGAUUGCAUAGCUCUCAUUUCCUUAUCUGCGGAUAGAGGUGACCUUCACAUUUGAGGAGGUUAGUGAGGAUGAGGGUGAAGAGGAAGGGAUGAAGGGGUGAAAGGUUGGGGAAUGCGCAUGCUAUAAGUUGAAAAUGGAUUCGGCGAUAUAUGCUGGAGAGGAAGUCGGCGAAGAUAGAUUCUGGAGAGGAAGUCAGUGAGGAUAGAGGCUGGGGAGGAGGUUGGCAAGGAUAGAGGCUAUGGAGGAGGUCAGUCAGUAUAGACACAGAGGAAGAGGUCAACGAGGAU